AUGUCUUCAACUGAUGCGAUGAGUGGAUUAAAUGGCAGGUCCAAUAGGGUUCACAUGACGCCUGGUCUUAAUGAGGAUCCGGUAUUUGCCUUUCUCGAUUUAUCUUCAAAUUCAGCAUAUAAGCAGCAAAAUACAAACAGAACAACUGGUCUUGGGAUAUCGCAACAAAGUGAUAGAAGAAGUUAUGGUGUGGAUGAAAAUAUAACGCUAGAAGAUUUACUUAGUGAGGAUCCCCUGAAGGACUAUGACGUUGAGACAGAGCAGAAUAAGACUCAAUCUCAGCCCUCUGACACAGAUGACUUGAUGGAACAACUUCUUCAAUUCAACGUCAAUCAAACCAAUGAUUACGAUACCAACCCUACGAGUGUGGCUACACUUUCUAGUAUAAGUCCCUCAUCCAGUGCGGGAACCUUUUUAUCUGCAGAUACCACCAAUACCACUACAAUGACAACGACGGCACAAAAUGCAGGAACAUUGUCCGCAGAGGACCUUUCCAUCAAAAAAUCGUUGUCUCUAAACUCUCUGUCUGCAUUUUCUAGCCCUUCUUUGACUAAACCACCUACUUUUGAUAUUUUCAACCACAACAACAACAACAACAACGAUGAUACCCUACUUAUUAGUCCUCAGUCCACCCCCACUAUUCGUCAGCAGCCUUUCAGUGGACGCCGGAUUUCCUCUUCUUCUUCUGUGUCCAUAAUUAGUGAUGGUGUACCAUUGAGUACUUCUCGACGUUCCUCUGCUGCUACUUCGUCACCUUCAAGACGUCUUUCUAAAAGGAAUAGUAUGGAUAAAUUGGGCCGAAUGACCAGUAUUCGCAAGGAGAAAUCAAACAGAAAGACUCUCACCAAGGCACAAAUGGCUACAUCUGCUGCCGCUGCCGCUGCAAUUUCUUCUAAACGUACUCCAAAGAGACGCUCAAGUAUGCCGUCAAUGAUAACGGCCGCUGCUGCCAGUGCCACUUCGCAGUAUCGUGUUGUCAGUGCAGGAGGACGUCCAAACAACGGUCCUGCUAGUACUGGUUUCCUUUCGUUUGAUGGUGGUAAUAAUUCUUCCAGAACACUAUUAACUUCUAGACCCAUUAGGUCUCCAAUCGCUUCGAGGUAUAACCCUGCCAACGCCACAAAUAUAUCAUUCAUAUUCGAAUCACCUUCGGGGCAUAGGAAAGAAGUGGAGAGGCAGAUUCCAAGAAGAAGUCCUGCAGCGACGAUCCCGCAAUCAUCGUCCACUUACGAAGCUGCACAUGCUGCCAGCAGUGCUAGUCAAGCUCAAUUCGCUCAUGCAGCCCACGUUCAUGCUCAGGCCGCUCAGGCGAAAGCACAAGCAAAUGCCCAAGCGCAGGCGAAGGCAAACGCUAAAGCAAAAGCUGAAGUGCAAGCAAGAGCAAGAGCACAGUUUCAGUCAAGUCUACAUUCGCAGAAACAAACGUACAGCAGAGUAUCCCCUGCUUCUUCCGCUUCUUCAGCUUCUUCAGCCUCUUCUUCCUCUUCUUCAGCCGCUUCUUCAUAUCACACUAGAAAUAAGGCAGUUCAUAAUAAAAAGAAUGCCGAGUUCCAGAACUUAAUUACCAAAUUUCCCAAGGAAGAUGAAGUGCCAUUCAAUCCAAAAACUUAUAAUAACAUCAAACAGGGAUUGAUGGAGUUUCAAUUAGCGAUACCUGAGAAGUAG